AAAUACCCUACCAUUUUCAUUCCUCUCUCUUUCUGCCUCCAUUUCUCUCUCCCAAAACCCUAAUUUCCUUUUUCUCUAAAACCCUACAGCAGCUAUGGAGUUUUGGGGUGCUGAAGUGAAAAGUGGAGAGCCUUUAACUGUACAGCCUGGAGAUGGGAUGGUUUUGCAUCUUUCACAGGCAUCUCUCGGUGAGUUGAAGAAGGAUAAAGUACAAAGUGUCUGCUUGUCCGUGAACAUUGAUGGCAAGAAACUUGUCCUUGGGACACUAAGCUCGGAUAAGGUGCCUCAGCAGCAGUUUGACCUGGUCUUUGAUAGAGACUUUGAAUUAUCACACAACUGGAAAAAUGGCAGCGUCUACUUUUUUGGAUACAAGGCCACUAACCCGUUUGAGGAGGAAGAGGAUGAUGAAGACGAUGAAGAAGAGUCUGAUGAGGACAUCCCCCUCACUAUUGCAAACAAUGGAAAACCUGAGGCUAAGGUUAAGGAGGCAGAGAAGUCUAAUGCUGCAAAGGAUUCUGCUUCAGGUAAGCAGAAGGUGAAGAUUGUGGAACCUAGUAAGGCAGAUGAUGAAGAGAGCACUGAUGAAGAUGAAAUGUCUGAGGAUGAAGAUUCUGACACGGGAGAGGGUGAAGAUGAGAGCGAUGAGGAUGGUGAGUCUGAUGAGAGUGAGGAGGAGAAACCAAAGAAGGCUGAACCUGGCAAAAAGAGGAAGGCAGAUUCGGCUACAAAAACACCUAUCCCCGAUAAGAAGGCAAAAUUUGUAACUCCUCAAAAAACUGAUGGCAAAAAAGGUAGCGGCCAUGUUGCGACCCCUCACCCCUCAAAACAGGCUGGUAAAUCUCCUGCAAACAAGAACCAGCAGACUCCAAAAUCAGGCGGCUCUCAUCUCUGCAAGACAUGCAACAAGGGUUUUGGUUCUGAAAAUGCUCUGGAAUCUCACUCGAAAGCUAAGCACAGUGCUGCAAAGUAAGCAGGCAGAGAGUUCUUGUUUGGUUUUGUCAACUUUGAUCAGAAGAGAGCUUUUAGUUUUUUUUUUUCUCGUCCGUUCCCUAAUGUAAAGGCAAGUGUUUGACUCCUUCAGUUACAUGAUAUUGCUAUUCUGAAAUCUGAACUAUCUCUCUGGGAUAUUUCUGAGGCCAAAAUAUCUGUUUUGAUCGUAGACUGUUAUGUUCGAUGAGAUUUGGAUUAAUUUAAAGAAAUGCUUUGAUGUAUGUUCUUCA